AUGGCGCCCGUCCCUGGGCCCAGUAUGGCUCCCAUUUCACCGCAGGAGCGCACCCUGACGAUUUCGCCCUCAAAUCAAGCAAGUGUUCUCGCUCGUGAUGAUCCGGCAGCCAUGGCUCGAUAUUACCCGCCUCUGCGGCCGACACACGUAGUAGGCAUGCCGCCAUCCACAACAAGGGAGGAGAUGGUCUAUCCGGUUGCGCCGCCGGGGCUUGGAGAUGGUCUUCAUCACGGACCUAAUUACACAGCUCCAGGAUCGCACUGCCUUAUGGGCUCCACCAUCAAGUCCGAAGCUCUUUCUGUCAUGUACGGUGGGGGGGUUGUCACCACACAAUAUGGCGCUUCAAUUGGAGAACUGGCUGGUCUUCAGGACCUCUACGGCCUGGGUCUCAAGGACGACACUGAUAGGCCAGAUGGCCCAAACUUUGACACGUAUCCUGCGCAUAGAAACGUCCCGGCAAGACGAGGUGCAUUCAAGGAUCAAGAGCUGAGAGCCAAGACCGCGCAGACCAGGAAGAUGGGCAGCUGUAUUCGAUGCAAGAUGCAGCGCAUCCGUUGCAAUCUGGACCCUGAAAACGAGAAUGGUCCGUGCAUCGCCUGCAGAAAGGUCAACGUCAGCACCAGAAUUUACCGGCUCAACUGCUUGCGGUUGAAGAUUGUCGACUGCAAACUCUACAAGCCGGGCCAGGUUCCUGGUCAUGAGUGGACCAGCCGCUGGAAGGACAGCGUGCUCGAUGAUAUCGAGGUCUGGGCUCCUGGAGAGCAGAGGACGAUUCGUGUGACGGAAGGAUACACAAAUAUGUUUGUGGAGCUGCGCGUCAGGGAGUUUGUCCCUCAGCCAGGAGACAAGUUGGAGAGAACCUGGGUGGACAAGAACGGCGUGAAGCAGAGGCGAAAAAUCCCGCCGUUCGCCAUUGUCGAUCUCGAGGAUGCGAAAAACUCUUACAGCCGCUACAUCAAGCGCGGUCUGGAAAACUGCUGCAUGCGCCUGCUGGGUGCUCGGGACAAACUGCUUCACAGAACAUACUUUUUCGCCAUCAGCAGAGCCAGAGAUGACCGAGACCAUUCCUUGACGGAAUCAGAACGGGGUCUCUUGGGACUCACUCUUGACCUUUGGAUGACGGCACGGCUCACCACGAAGACGCUCGAGAUUAUCGGGAACGAGAGGCUUGGCAUGCCCCUGGACUUGAUCAACGACCCGACCAAUGACAUGCACCGGAAGACGCCUGUCCCACCUGUGCUCGGGGCCCAGAUCGAUUCGUUCUUGAUACACCAAAUUCUGUCACACCUCCGCCGAAAGACGCUUGAAGAACUUCAAAAGAUGACACAGGAGAAGAAGCAAAAGACAUGGCUGACUACCUACCUUGUGACUUUUAUUUUACUGCACAACAUCGGUCUUGUUACGAAGCAUGAUGCAAAUUAUGCCAGGAAGCACGGGAUGAAGAGACAUUGGGCGAGAGAAGACAGCGUCAAGGAGUAUGAAAUGGGAGCCAACACCCUGCUUGCCUACUUCCACUACUGCAAUAAGGGCAUCUACCCUUUCUCUGCCGAGUGCAGGGAUGCCGACCUUCGAAGUCUGGCAGAACUUGAUGACGAUGCCAUUGAGCUCGUUCGCUACACCAGAAAGUACGUCGCGGAGCAUAAAGCGCAAUGGGAAAGCAUGUGGAAGAACGAAGGCGAUUGGAAGGAUCAGGGCCUCAAGAAGUACGAGCAUGAGUACUAUUAUGUGAGCCAAUUGUUCGAACCGAACUGGCAGCCACGCAACAUGCCCUAA